UAAUGACUCUGAUUGCAGUGGGGCUGUGACGCACCUCGGUGCUGUUUAACCUCUGUGUAACGUGGCUAUGUGACGAUGCGGAGAGGUGUAGUUCAGUGGUGAGAAAGCCACAGGUUGUGGAACCCCGGCCUGUACCUGUGCAGUACACGCUAGGCUGCUGCUGCUGCCUGUCCCUAAGCUGUAAGCGAGUCCCUGGGCGGGCCCGGACGGGAGGCGGUCUCUCCGGAGAUAGAGAGGGAGGGAGCGGGGCCGCUGUUAUUGUUGCCGCGCUGUGAGAGCUGCCGGGUUGGCGGCUGUAGGGAAGGAACAGCGCCGGUAAAAGCAGCCUCAGCUCUGGGGCGGGGAACAUACCAUCGGCAGGGGGAAGCGGACAAACGUUCUAACUUCCUGGGCUCAUUUGGACUGUUCUUCCCGGAUCCAGUUUUGCCUGCAGCUUUCUGUUCUCUAACAGGAGAUCUACGGAGCAGCCGCAGACUGCAUUCCAAGUGGAAUCUCAUGCCCCCCUCCCCUGCACAGGCCAUUAAGAGGGAUCUUAAACAGACCACUCAUUGGUGCCCUGAGAGUUCAGAGUGUGUAACACAAAAAACACAAAAGGGCACAACCUGGAAGAACGGAUUAAACAACUGCUGGAUUAAUCUUGGGGAGGGAGCGGUUCUGGACAGCUACAGCCUUUCCUGACCAAGAGGAAGGAGGCAUGUAAGAAGCGACUGGCAUUUAAUCUCGUGGAGGAAAUCUAUUAAAGAGCCCAGAUCGGAGUGAAUAGAAGCAAUGGGAAUUGGAGGCCAUGGUAACCUGACAUAAAUGGCAGGCUGGAGGGAUUCUCGCCUCUUCUAUUCCUGCUUUAUUUGUUUAUUCUGGUUCUGCAGUUUCUGUUUCCCUGAGGAAUUUCACAUUGUUAUACUGAACAGGCAAAGGACAGUGAUCCAGCAGUUUGGGUGAGUGUUGGUAGGGGGGUGAGGUGGGUGGCCUCACCAUGAUUCAUCUCUGGAAACUUGUGCGUCACAUGCGACAGUUAGAGCUCCAUCGCUUGAUCUUGCUACUUAUUGCCUUCAGCUUAGCUUCCAUGUGUUUCUUGGCUUACUAUGUUACUAACAGCCCAAAAAUCAAGGAGCCACCCCCUCUACCCUUCAGUGACUGCAGCAGCCAGCAGAGAACUGUGGUGCAGCCCCAAGCUAGCUGGCGAAUUGCAAAAUCUGUGGAUACUUCCCGUACCGAACCAGUGGUGCUUGUGUUUGUGGAAAGUAUCUACUCUCAGCUUGGGCAGGAGAUCGUAGCCAUCUUAGAAUCCGGACGUUUUAAAUAUCGGACAGAAAUAGCCCCCGGAAAGGGGGACAUGCCAACGUUGACUGACAAAGAUCGGGGCCGAUAUGCUCUAAUCAUUUAUGAGAAUAUACUGAAGUAUGUGAAUUUAGAUGCUUGGAACAGGGAACUACUAGAUAAAUACUGCGUGGAAUAUGGGGUUGGUAUCAUUGGUUUCUUUAAAGCCAAUGAGAACAGUUUACUUAGUGCUCAACUGAAAGGGUUCCCUCUUUUCCUACAUUCCAACCUGGGAUUACGGGACUACCAUAUCAACCCAAAUGCCCCUCUUCUUUAUGUCACCAGAGCAAACGAAGUAGAGCAGGGUCCACUCCCUGGGGAUGACUGGACAGUGUUCCAGUCGAAUCAUAGCACAUAUGAACCUGUUUUGCUAGCUAGCACCAAAUCGGCAGAAUCGAUCCCCCACCUUGCCACACACAAGGCACUUCAUGCAACAGUGGUACAGGACUUGGGCCUUCAUGAUGGAAUCCAGAGGGUGCUUUUUGGCAACAAUCUUAACUUUUGGCUGCAUAAGCUAAUAUUUGUUGAUGCUAUUGCCUACUUGACUGGCAAACGUCUCUGCCUCACCCUUGACCGUUAUGUUUUGGUGGAUAUAGAUGAUAUCUUUGUUGGUAAAGAAGGCACUCGGAUGAAAGUUUCUGAUGUUGAGGCCUUGCUGAACACUCAGAGCAAGCUGAGAACACUUGUUCCAAAUUUCACAUUCAACUUGGGUUUCUCUGGAAAAUUCUAUCACACAGGCACAGAUGAAGAAGACGAGGGAGAUGACAUGUUGCUUCUACACAGGAAAGAGUUCUGGUGGUUUCCCCACAUGUGGAGUCACAUGCAACCUCACUUGUUCCAUAAUGUCACCGUCCUUGCAGAGCAGAUGAAACUCAACAAGCAGUUUGCCCAAGAACAUGGUAUUCCUAUAGAUUUAGGGUAUGCUGUGGCACCUCAUCACUCAGGUGUGUACCCAAUCCACAGCCAACUCUAUGAAGCCUGGAAAUCGGUAUGGAACAUCCAGGUAACCAGUACAGAAGAGUAUCCACAUUUAAGGCCAGCCCGCUUCCGGAGAGGUUUCAUUCACAACAAUAUUAUGGUUUUACCACGACAGACUUGUGGGCUUUUCACUCACACCAUAUUUUACAACGAAUACCCUGGUGGCUCCAAAGAACUUGACAAAUCCAUCCGUGGUGGUGAACUUUUCCUGACCGUUCUCCUCAACCCGAUCAGCAUCUUCAUGACACAUCUCUCAAACUACGGCAAUGACCGCCUGGGGCUCUACACCUUUGAGAGCUUAGUGAAGUUUGUGCAGUGUUGGACCAACCUCCGGCUACAAACUCUCCCACCUGUCCAGCUGGCAAAGAAAUACUUUGAAAUCUUCCCUGAGGAAAAGAACCCUUUGUGGCAGAAUCCCUGUGACGACAAGAGGCACAAGGAUAUCUGGUCGAAAGAGAAGACCUGCGACCGAUUACCCAAGUUUCUUGUUGUUGGACCCCAAAAGACUGGUACGACUGCACUAUAUACCUUUCUCAGCAUGCACCCUGCUGUCACUAGCAACUUUCAGAGCCCCGUCACUUUCGAAGAGAUCCAGUUUUUUAAUGGGAUAAACUACCACAAAGGCAUCGACUGGUAUAUGGACUUUUUCCCUAUGCCAUCCAAUGCCAGCACAGACUUUAUGUUUGAAAAGAGCGCUAACUACUUUGACUCAGAAAUGGUUCCAAAACGAGCUGCUGCUCUCCUCCCCAGAGCCAAAGUCAUUGCCGUCCUGAUCAAUCCGGCAGACCGAGCUUAUUCCUGGUAUCAGCACCAGCGAGCACACAAUGAUCCAGUAGCACUGAACUACACCUUUGCUCAGGUGGUAUAUGCAGGCCUGAAUGCACCCCUGGAACUGCGGAACUUGCAGAACCGCUGCCUGAUGCCUGGAUGGUACGCUGUGCAUUUGGACAGGUGGCUUGCCUACUUCCCUGCUAACCAGGUUCACAUUGUGGAUGGCCAGGAGCUGCGGAGUGACCCAGCCACUGCUAUGGACAGCAUCCAAAAAUUCCUAGGAGUGACGCCACAUUUUAACUACACCCAGGCCCUUAAGUUUGAUGAGGCAAAAGGCUUUUGGUGCCAGUUGGCGGAUAAUGGAAAGACAAAAUGCCUUGGGAAGAGUAAAGGCCGAAAAUACCCAGAUAUGGAGCAGUCGUCUCGUACUUUCCUCACAGACCUCUUUCGGGAAAACAACAUUGAACUUUCCAAGCUGUUGAACCGAUUGGGUCACCCUCUGCCAACAUGGCUACGAGAGGUGCUCCAGAAUUCCAGCCGGAGCUGAGUAUUGACUCCCUUUGGCAACCGCAUCUAGAGAAUGGCGGCAGCAAUGAGAAGGAAACAAUCAGUUGCUGUUUGCUCCCGUUCUAGAAGUGAAUAACACUAUGAUUGCUGACAUUGCUUGUGGCUGUGAUUAACUGUGUUCUCAUUGCUGUGGUACGUGGACCUCUCGUGUGCCAGCCACCUGGAACGCGGGAGGUGGGCGGAUGCAACUCAUUGUACGAAAGUGUUACAAAACUUGUGGCCUCUGACAAACCAAGAGGAAUGGAAUUGCACAAAGCAGCUUCACCCUAACAAGGAACUUAGGGCAUUGACUACUCUCCCGAGUUUGGGGGGUGACGGUACGAAUGGUUCUUUAGGCUUCAUAGUAUUGUCAGUUUAACAUAGCCGAGGAGAAGCAACUUCUUUAGAGCAGCUCCUCUGGCUACAGAUUUACCGUAAGCUGUGGAAAAGAGCAUUUAAGUCCAUUUCACACUGGGACCUUUCUUACCUGGUUUCUUUUAAACGCACAAUGGGAAUAUAUUCAUGUCCCCCUACCAAUAAUGCAUCAGGCUAAAUGUGAGAUUAAAAGGAAAAUAAGAAUAAACCCCAGCAUCUGCAGCUAUCCCCGCUGCCUUCUAUGGUUCUCAAGUGCUGCAUGUUUCCUGCAGUCAUUCAUGUAUCUCUGAUCUUUCUUGCUGGAGUUGCUAGCAGUGCGUAUUUCCAGGACCUCAGUUUAAUAAGCGGGUGGGUGGGUGUCAGCUCUCCCAUAUGCUCAAGACCACUUGGCCUGGAUACAUAUGCACUUGUAUGGAGAGGGAAAGUCAUUGCUCUCUGGGUGCCUCCCAUCCAUUGGUACUUCUGGGCUUCUUGCAUAAAGAUCAUUUUAUUGGUCAGGAGAUUUAUUAUGAAAAAUGAAAAGAAAUUAGAAAAGUCUAAUGGUUGGUUGUGUUGGGCCCUAUAUUAUUAUUAUUAUUAUUAUUAUUAUUAUUACAAGGUAAAUACAGUGCUUUUAAUAAUUUCUCACUUUCAUCACUGAAGGCCCCAACACAAAUAAGCACUGGAGUGUUCUUUAUUGGCUCUGGGGGUGCCCCAAAAACCUGCACUCAUGGCAGUGAAAGGGAACCCUGUCUCAUGUAUUGUGGGGAAUUUGGGAUUUCGGCCUAAUUUUUUUGAUUUCUAGAGGGGGUACCGACCAGUUGUGCAUAUUCUCUAUAUAUUCAGACAGCAGCAAAACCUGCUCUUUCUAACUGCCAUUCACUUAGAAAUGUGCUUUUUUAGUGGGCGAGGGUUAAUAGCUCAGCGUCAUACUGUAUAUCUUGCACAGAAACAUUCCACCUAUGGGUCCUGGAGGUGUUUGGGGCCAGGAGUCGGGUAAGGAAAGCAAAUCGGUUUUUGUUUUUUUUGGGGGGGUUCUGAAGACAAAUGGAAUUGUAUUAUGCUAUUGCCCUCACUUAAACGGGUUCUGAAUGAUCUGUCGUUCUGCAAUGAAUUUGCUCUAAUUUAAGUUGUCCUUUUAUAUGAUAUUUUGUUAGCGGAACAGAAUGUUGGAGGGGGCAGCAGACUGAUCGGGAGGGGGGCAUUUUACACAAGCUUUGUAAGUGGAGCUGUAGCUAUUGUGAAUUUUGUAAAAUGGUCCAUUUAAUCUUGUAUGUUAAAUUUGUAAAUAUUCUGCAAUAUAGUAUUUUAUGCCAUGUACCUUUUUCAGGGGGUAGAUAUUGUGCAACCAAAUGCUUAAACAAGGAAAAGAUACAUGUGGUAUUUUAUCAGCAAGCCCCCUUUGCCCCUCUCUGCACUGGACCCUCAUGUAUUGUGUCAUUCACAUUGAAUGAUGAUAAUGGAGAAAUAUUUGGCUCUCGCAGCUAAACUCGUGUCUAAAUAAAAGCUAGAAGUAGCACCCGUG